CCCAAAUUUGGCAAAAAUGAAGGACGAUAAGAAAUGAUUUCUCAAAAACACGCCAGUUCUGUUUUCCUCAUCCGGUAACCUCCUGACUUCACCUCUCCUCUGCAGAUUAAAAAAAAAAAAACAACUGAUUCCUGAGAAUCUCUCAGAUUCUAGUUACCCGCCAACUGCUCUUAGCUCUUCCAUAUUGUAUAAAAUUAAGCGGAAUUCGAAAGAUGUCUUUCAGCCCUGUUGUUCAUUUGAACCUUAACUGGUAAUAUUUCAUCUCAUCCUUCUGGGUUUUUUUGAUUCUUAUGAUUUAUUGAUGGAAUGUGUGAUUCAUUGAAGUGAAACACUAACAGCCCAUUUGAUAGCUGUAUGAUUAGAACGGGAAACAGAGGAAGGAAUGGCUGGUUUUGUUGUAUGAGGGGCACCGGACCUGGGAAGAAAUCCUCUGCCUUUUCUUAUAAGAAAUUCAUUGAUUUCGCUUUGGAGGAAAUCAAAGGGCACACCAGUUUGGUCCCUUCUCCUCUUCAGGAGAAGUUCAAUUCUUUAAAGGGAAACGACGGGCGAAGUGAACUUGAAAUGCUAUCGUUUGAAGCUCCUAAAGUUAGACUGCUCCGUUGUUUGUCUAUCGAGGGCGAUGGCAUGCAGGUUUUAGAUCUUGCUGUAUUUCCUAGACCGGAAUUUGAUCUCCCCAUAUUUUGUGCCAACUUCUUCACUGCUGCUAAUACAAAUAUUGUUGUUCUGGACCUGAACCCGUUGCAUUGUGUCAUAACAGGAAAUGAUUACAAGGAGAAAUAUUAUCGCGACCUGAUUCCUCUGGGUCUGAAGUAUGCUGAGCUUUUACCUUGGGGAGGAAAGCUAACAAGUGAAUCUUUGAGGUUCUUCUCACCGAUUGUGAUAUGGACCAAAUUUUCUCCAAGCCAGAACAAAUACAGCACUUUAUUUGCAGCAUUCAAGGACUACUAUAAGGCAUGGCUCAAGUUGAUCGACCAAGCAGCAGAAGAGACUGAUGCUUCUCAAAUUGUUCGCAAUCGUGAAGCACAACACAAGUAUCUGAUGUGGAGAGCCGAAAAGGACCCAGGACGUCAACUCUUGAGAAAAUUGGUGGGGGAAGCUUUUGCAGAGGAAAUAGUAAGGAGCUUCCUCUUUAAUGGAGUUCAUGAGCUGGGGAACAAAACUUUUCUGGAUUACUAUCCUGAGUACAAAAGUGAAGAUGGGUCGAUAAACCAAAAGCGGAGUAUAAUUGGUAAAUCAUUUGAAGAUCGUCCUUGGGAUUCAGAAGGCAACUUUUUGAUAACAGUUUUAGGUAGGGAGUGAAUUGUUGGUCAUUUGUGCAAGCAUCUUAGGGAGUAAAUCUUCGGCAAACAAUUACAUUAGACAUGUCCUAACGUUUACGUUUGAACCCUUAUGCAACCAUUGCUGUGUUGUGUAGUUUAGAUCUGUUGAACCUAAUUCCUAGUAUUAGUACUAUCAAGUGUAUCCUUUCCAGAAUUAGUACAUCUGGUUUUUUUCCCCCUGGUUGACUUCAAUGGACAACAUAACUACAAAGCAGCCACUCAGACUGUGUAGUGGCCAUCAACACUUGUAGUUCGGUUAGAGCCUCAGAGGUCUUAGGUUAAAAUUUCUUCAUGGACAAGUAUAUCUCUGUAAAUGGAAUACGUAUACUUGAAACUAAGCAGUCUUGAUAAAAAUGAAAGCAUGGUCUUUUUAUUGAAAGCUUC